UGAGUGUUUGUUGUAGCUUUCAGUAGUGUAUACGUCAUUUCAGAGAGAUUUAUUACACACUUUUAUGUCUUAAGAAAAAUUAUGGGGAAUAAUACCAUUCGAAGUUGACAAUAAAGGGAUCGCAAUCAAGAUUCGCCCAGAGCUCAAAUAGCCUACAAAUCAGUCAAUUGAAUAACGCAUCAAUCGGCAGCUGCUGGGACUCAAAAGUGAUAAUUGGAUCAACGUUAUGAAGAAGCUGCCGAGAUGACGGCCGUUCUUGAUAUCAAACCAGCGUUAACUUUGAUGAAGUCCGAAAAAUUGGAUUAGUCGUGGCUGAACGACGAUAUGGAUAACCUACAGCUGGAUGUGGACUUCAGUGACGUGCCCCUGCUCACCCCGGGAAGCAGGGAGAUGAUGUCACAGGCCCUGAGGGCCACGUUUAGCGGCUUCACCAAGGAGCAACAGAGACUGGGCAUGCCCAGAGACCCCAGGCACUGGUCAGAGAGCCAGGUGGGCCAGUGGCUGCUGUGGACAGUGAACGAGUUCAGCCUGAAGAGCGUGGACCUGCACUGCUUCCGUAUGGCCGGGGUAAGUCUCUGUGCCCUGGGGAAGGAGUGCUUCUUGGACCUGGCACCUGACUUUGUGGGGGACAUCCUGUGGGAACACCUGGAGAUGAUGCAGAGAGACUAUGGAACUGAACGUGCCCAGUGCAUCCUUCCAUCGGACAACUCAGAGUCAGGCUUCAUCACAGAGUCCAAUCAGACACUUCUACCAACCACCUGUGAGGACCUGCUGUCAAUCAAGACUGAGAACGGACAUUCUACUGGCCCACUGGGUCCUAAGCAGAGGGACUACCUCACCAUCAAACAGGAAGUGGUCUCCCAUGACAACAUGUGCAUGGGGCACGUCAUUCGAGGCAAAAUUGGGGGCCAAGAAUCCUUUGAGAGUGUGGAGAGCCUAGAUGCUUGUGAGCGUCUCACCCAGUCCCGGGGCAGCUACUCCCACUUCUGCAGUCUACAGCGCGUGCCCUCCUACAACAGCUUUGACUCAGACGACUACCCGGCCACGCUGCGUGGCCACCCAGCCAAAGGCACCUUCAAAGACUAUGUGAAGGAGCGCAUGGACCUGACCAAAGACAAGUCUGUCAUACCGGCAGCGGCUCUUGCGGGAUACACAGAAAGUGGUCCGAUCCAGCUGUGGCAAUUUCUGUUGGAGCUCUUGACCGACACUUCCUGUCAGUCGGUCAUCAGCUGGACGGGAGAUGGCUGGGAAUUCAAAUUGACCAAUCCCGAUGAGGUGGCUAGGCGCUGGGGCCAGAGGAAGAACAAGCCCAAGAUGAACUAUGAAAAGCUGAGCCGCGGCCUGCGCUACUACUACAACAAGAACAUAAUCCACAAGACGUCUGGCAAGCGAUAUGUCUACCGCUUUGUCUGCGACCUGAACGGCCUUCUGGGAUACAGUGCAGAGGAGAUUCACGCCAUGCUUGACAUGAUGCCGGACACAGGAGAGAGAUGUGGGUGUGGUCUGGCACCACCAGGUAACAUACACGCUUGUGUAGGACAAGGGUUGCCAACAGGUUGCCUACUUUAGGAAAUCUGUUUCCAAGAAUUCCAUAAAAAAAAGAUGUGAUUAUGUCUCAAUGUAAUCAAAGUAGGAAAUGAUUGUUAUUUUCAAAUACUCUUUUUAUUAUUAUGUUCUGGCAAAAAUCAUCUCAAGGCUGAAUCUAGUUGCCUACCGCUGUUGUAGGAGAUCAUGAUGAAAGCAUUUACAAUCACACAAAAAAUACAUAAUGCAAAUACAAUCAGACUCCUGUCAAGUUGCUGAAGACAAUGGAAGCGAGUUACUUGGAAAUGGACAUGGCCAUCACCCAAGGAGGUUAGAUAAUUUUAUUCAAAUGUAGCACAUGGCAAAAGAAAUGUACCCUUUGGGACCUAAGACUGGUGUUUUUCUGUGUUCAGUAUUGUUCUCUGGAAACCACAUUGACAAUCCACAGCCAUUUUAGCAGCCAAGCAUUGGGCUUUUUGUGUCAGUCUCAAAAGCAAUGACUCUACUCUUACACAAGGGGCUACUGAAAUCCUUUUUAAUGAAUGAUUUGUUUGAGGACCGCUACAGACAUCCAGGGUAUGGAGGGCAACACUAGGUGCUCUAUAUAUCUAUCAAUGCCACCACUGUCAUGUUUCCACCUGACAAUAAUAUGUCCAAUUUGUCAUAUUUCCCUGACAAAAGACAUGUCUUUUUUUAUACUGCACAAGCCAUAAUUCACUGUCUCGACAUGCUUUGUCAUGAGUUCCCCUAAAUGUGUUAAGAGCUUUCACAUUUCGACUGUUACCCUGGGUUGUAUUCACUAGGAAAUAAAUUGAAGAAAACGGACCGAAACGGGAGGGACUACCUGAACCUGUCCAAUAAGAAACUAAUUUGUGUUGCAAAACUUUUUGCUACAGGUUGUUGCGGUGUGCCCUAUUGAAUAUGGUUAGAAAGGUGUGAAGUACUCUCAUAUUUGAGGGAACGAAACCCUACAACCAAAUGCUAUCGCAAGUUCUAUAAAUAAAAGUUCCAAAAUGAUUUUACAGCAUUUGUUUAUCUUUUUUUAUAAUGUAACAAAGUUUUGUAUAAUUGUAAAGUUUACAUUUUUUAAAUGACAGACAGCUGGUUCUAUGCGUAGGUCUGUAUUCAUCAAGCGUCCCCGAGUAGGAGUGCUGAUCUAGGAUCAGUUUUUCCCUUUUAAGUUAUUAAGAAGAUUACAUUGAAAGAGGGGCUGGCUGGCUGAUCCUAUAUCAACACUCUUAGUUUGAGACUUUGUGAAUAUAGGAUUUAAAAAAAGGUGUCAGUAUCCUCUUUCUUGCUUUAUACAUACAAGAUUUGUUGGGCUGAGCCUGGCCUAUCGCUGAACAUUUAAGAGCAGAGCUUUUAUUAUGAUUGUACAUGAGAAUGUUGUAUACCAAACAGUAUAAACAAAACUAACUGUG